UAUCUUCUGUUUGCCAUGUAAUCCACUGUGUCUACAGAAGGCAUUUAAACAGCACAACCUGUUGACACACGGCUAUGUACCGCUUUUUCUUUUAGCAAUCACUACCCCAGACCCAAACACUCGACAGGAAAGAUAAACAUUGGGAUCUGGUGAAAAAUUGACUUGAUCUAACCUCUUGAUCACAGACACACAUAUAAAUGGAAGUUCCGCCCUCUCCCAGCUGAUCGGGCCAAUGGAGAGAGGUGUGAGCGUGAGCAAAGGGCUGCUCUUAUCUUAACUUUAUAUUCAGCAGAGAUCAGGCUCAUACUCCCUGCAGCCUUGAGACACCGUGGGUGACACCUGAGCAGAAACAGAUUAUGAGAAAAGAUUAGGGCUGACAGCAUUUCAAACAAACAUAGAAAAAGAUCCGGUUUUGCAGAAAGCAGCGACUCUGCAGGAGAGCAGCUGACCUACUCAUCCUCUUCUUCCUGUCACUCUGCUUCCUCCUCUUCCUCUACAAGACCAUGGAUGAGGAGGUCUUACGAGACACUGAAACCCCACAGGCAGCGGCACCUCUGCUGGAGCGGAGGGUUCGCCAGAGACAGUCCACUGCAUCAGUCCUCAAAUCCAAGCUGAAAAAGGGUGUGGCGUGCUCGGGUCCAAAGGUCCGGUCCACCCUGUUGGGCUUCUUCCCCGUAGUCCAAUGGCUACCAAAAUACAAGCUGAAAGAGUACAUCUGGGGUGAUGUCAUGUCUGGGUUGAUUAUAGGUAUCAUCCUGGUACCGCAGGCCAUCGCUUACUGCUUAUUAGCAGGAGUUCAGCCCAUCUACGGCUUGUUGACGUCAUUCUAUGCUAACAUCAUCUAUUUCCUGACGGGGACAUCCAGACAUGUCUCCGUGGGGAUCUUCAGCCUUAUGAGCCUUAUGAUUGGACAGGUGGUUGUUAGGGAGGUUUUCCAGGCUGGGUUUGAUCUGAAUGAGGACUCCACACCAUCUGGUCCUGAUGUCUUUAAUGAAACGUUGGGCACCAACCUGACUGAUGUGUUCACCGUGGAGCUGAUGGGUGUGAGGUGUGGCAGGGAGUGCUACGCCAUCAGUGUCGCUGUUGCUGUUACAUUCCUGGCUGGUGUUUAUCAGAUCAUGAUGGCUGUGUUUCAGCUAGGAUUUGUCUCUGUGUACCUUUCGGGGCCCAUGCUUGAUGGUUUUGCCACUGGGGCCUCUGUCACCAUCCUAACUGUGCAGGCGAAAUACCUUUUGGGACUGAAGAUUCCUCGUCACCAAGGCUAUGGCACCGUAAUUGUUACAUGGAUCAACAUUUUUGCCAACAUUCACAAAACCAACUUGUGUGACCUCAUCACCAGUGCUAUUUGUAUCUCAAUUUUAGUGGCAGGGAAAGAGAUCCAGGAGCGCUACAAGGAUCGCCUAAAGAUCCCUUUGCCAACAGAGUUGGUUGUAGUAGCAGGAGCUACGCUGGCUAGCCACUUUGGAGAGUUCAACACCAAGUAUUACUCCAGUGUUUCUGGCCACAUUCCCACAGGGUUUAUUGCUCCCCAAGUUCCGGCCUUUAGCCUGAUGCCACAGGUAGCCCUGGAUGCCAUUCCUUUGGCAGUCAUUAGUUUUGCUUUCACCGUGUCACUGUCUGAGAUGUUUGCAAAGAAAAAUGGCUACACCGUACGACCCAACCAGGAGAUGCUGGCCAUCGGACUCUGCAACGUUGUUCCUUCCUUCUUCCAUUGCUUCACCACUAGUGCUGCUUUGGCUAAGACCAUGGUGAAAGACUCUGCUGGCUGCCAGACUCAGUUAUCGAGUUUGAUCAGUGCCCUGGUAGUCCUUCUUGUCCUCCUUUUCUUUGCCCCUUUCUUCUCCGCACUUCAGAAAAGCGUCCUUGCUAGCAUCAUCAUCGUAAGCCUUAGAGGAGCCCUGAGGAAGUUUAAAGACGUACCUGCUAAGUGGCGUGCCAGCCGAAAUGAUGCCACUGUUUGGCUUGUCACCAUGUUAGCCACAGCUCUGAUCAGUGUGGAGAUUGGCCUACUCGUUGGCAUUGUCUUUUCUAUGAUCUGCGUAAUUUAUAAAACCCAGAAUCCAAAGGUCUCUCUCCUUGGUCGGGUCAGUGACACUGAUCUUUAUGAGGACAUUGAUGAGUACAAGAACCUUACACCACCAGUUCAGGUUAGGAUCUUCCGCUUCCAGGCUCCUCUUUACUAUGCCAACAAGGAUUCUUUCCUUAAAUCCCUCUACAAAGCUGUAGGGGUCGAACCAUUCUUGGAGCUGACCAAGAGGAGAAAAGCUGAGAAGAAAUCCAAAGAAAUGACCAAAAAGCAGGCUACUGCAAACGGGGAGAAAAACAAUGGUGAUAUCUUCAUAGGGCUGGUCCAAAGAGAACUGGAGGUCCACACAAUCGUUUUAGACUGUUCUGCUAUUCCUUUUAUAGACUCAACUGGCAUGGCCACUUUCAAAGGUCUGGUAAAGGAGUAUAAAGAGAUAGGUGUGAACGUACUGCUUGCCAGCUGUAACACUUUGGUCCUUGAUGUUCUGCAGAAGGGACAGUUCUUUGGGAAACAUAACAAAGACAUGAGUAGUCUCUUGUUUUAUACUGUUCACGCUGCUGUUCUGUAUGCAAACAGAAUGUCAACAAUAGAAGAAAGCAGGUCUGAGAACUCUACGGUGUAGACUUAUUUUAGCUUAAAGGUAUGGCGGAGGAUGUUUCUAAAUUUCAAGAAAGAACUGCCCUCUCCACGUUUUGAAAAAAUUGCACAAGAGAGAUCGCCCAAUUAUCCUCGUGCACAUUUUGUUUACAAGUAGCUGCCGACAUUGCAGCACUUCUUCUAGCAGUAAUCUGAAAUUACUUUCCCCAAAUAGCAUGCUGAACUUUAACUCACCUAUCGAGCAGAAAACCGGUGACAGAGGCGUCUAUGGGAAGCCCAACCUUUGUGCAUGUGCAUGAAGUGACAACUUCACAGCAACGAGCACGUACGACGACGGCUUUGUGUGAAUGGUUUACCAGAAUAAUGUUUAUGUUUAUGUAUUUAGCAGACACUUUUGUCCAAAGCAACUUACAAGUGAUAGACUGUUAUGCAGACCAAUGGUUCAGGGGAUCCCCCCCAGAAGAAAAAGAUUCUCCGCUAUACCUUUGAGAGAUAACCUAGACUGUAACAAAAUGUUUUUAUGGAUGCUUACUUUGUCUGAAAGAACACAUGCGUACAAAACGUUUGAGAGAUCAUUUCUAUUUUUGACUGUUAAACAAUUUAAGUACCCAAUAAAACUAUGAUACUAAUCACUUUUAAAGAUCUAAAUAUUUUCCCUGAUCAACAAAAACAAGGUCACCAAUUUGCUUUUUAUUAAAAAAAAUCUAUUUUUAUACAUGACUAGAAAAGGAAAAUGGACAAAGUGUCCCUAAAUUAAACAAUUCAUCCCUCGAUCCUUUGUUUGCUCAGUUUCAAAGUUGCUUCUGUUAUGUUUCAACAAAGUCAUUUGCAAUGUAAAUGUUUGGUUGUAAGUUGGAGCUAUAGGCCAGUGUCUAUUCUGUGUCCGCCUCUCAUGAACUCCCCCCCUUACUUUUUGCACAAGAGAGAGGAAAUGAGUGGCGAGCCAAACCAAACACACCCACGGCUUUGUACUAUUCGUCAUGACUUUGGAUAAUUUUCUGUCUUUAGAUCUAAAUCGUAGAAGUCACAUGUCCUCAUUGCAGACAAGGUUCUGACUAGAGAUUAGGUAGAGUGGUAUGUAGGCAGUUAGCCAGAACAUUAGAGACGUCAGAUGGGUUUGCUUGUCUCGACUAACUGAACUCAUUAGGAAUUUUAGUUGACAGAAACAGGAUUCCUUCCAUUCCCAGUCCAGUUAUCUUCUAGUUGUUGCUUUAUGAAUUCUAAAUAAAUACCUGUGUCACUAUAAAAGGGAUUUCAAGUCAACACUCAAAGUCCGUAAUAGCUCACUGUAAAUCCACGGUUCAGAGUCCAGACUUCAACAUUUAGCCAUCAUUUCCUGACUUGCCCAAUGCUCACCAAUGCCUUUUUUAUUUAAGUAUUUCCUUCACUUCAAGGUAUUCAUGCCUUUAGAAAAUGGGUCAUUUGAACAUGUUUGUAUUUCUGCAGAAGUGAUUUUUUUAAAUAAAGGGAAAUGUCACAUCUGCGAUAUUUGCUCACCUUUGCUGGAUGUAAACUAAUAAUUUUUUAUUCUUUUAAAGUGUCAUUUUGUACUGAAGAAUCCAACAUUCACAGGUGAUGCUUGAGUUUUUCUUGGAAAAAUCUUGUAAAAUGUCUGCCUUAAAAAAAUCUAAGAUUAUUUGAAAAUAAGCUCAAACUGCUGUUUUUUUGGUAAACUACUGUAUGUUAUUGUUGUCUUUUAACCUGCUAUCUCCAAACAUGAUUGUGUUUGUAACAUUUUUGUAUAGGCUGUCAUCAAAAACCAUUGAAAUAAUAUAGAUUGAUGGUAAAUAUGGAAACUGUAUUUAUAGUUUUUUAAUUUAAUUUAGGUUCUAACAUCUUUGUUAUUCAAUUUAACUUGAAUCAGAUGAGUAAUUAAAUAAAUCUUGUUUUUUCA